AUGUCAAAACGUAAAAUUAGUGAUUAUUUUUCUAAAAAUACAAAUCAAGAUGAUUGUGAACCAACUUCUAGUAAAAAUUCAACAAAAACACCAAGUACACUGAAUGAAAUGUCGAAUAUUAGUGAAAAAACAUCAGUUUUGGUUCCGGUUUUGAAUUCAAUAUCACAAUCGCCUUCAGUGUCAGUAUUUCAAGAUCAGACUGAAAGUAUGCAUGCAAAUGAAAAUGAUAUAAGCUUAUUCGUAAACUGUAGAUUAUCAGAUGCUGAUAAAUUUACUGCACUUAAAAAUGUAUGGUUACCAUUGCCAACAUUUGAGUUUCCUUUAAACCAAAAAAAUAAGAAAAGAGGUUUAAAAUUCCAAUAUAAAUGGUUGCUUCAAUUUAAUUGGCUUGCUUACUCAAAAAUAAAAAAUGGUGCUUAUUGCAAGUUUUGUGUAGUAUUUUCAAAAUGUGGUGGAAUAGGGAAUCAGCCUUUAAAUAAAUUGGUAUUAGAAGCAUUUGAUGCAUGGAAAAAAGCUCUUGAGACAUUUCGUAAACAUUCAAAAUGUAGUUACCAUAAGUCUGCUGUUCUUAAUGCUGAUCAUUUUGUUAGUAUAUAUACAAAACAACAACCAUCAAUUAUUGAGGCUGUUGACACUGAUAGAGCAAAACUUAUACCUAUAAUUGAAUGCCUUAUAUUAUGUGGACGUCAAGAAAUCGCUCUAAGGGGACAUAGAGAUUCUGGAAAAAUUAAUGUCAAUGAUGAUUCAAUUAAUGAUGGAAAUUUCCGUGCUAUUCUCAGAUAUAGAGGAAAAGGAGAUGAAUUUUUAAAAAAAAAUCUAGAAAAUGAUUAUCGUUACAAAUACAUUGGGUCCAAAAUUCAAAACGAAAUGAUCAUUGCAUGUGGAGAUAUAAUACAAAAAAAAAUAGUAAAAAAAAUAAAUGAUUCACAAUGUUUUUCAAUACUGGCUGAUGAAACAACAGAUAUCUCAACUAAUGAACAACUAACUUUAUGUGUGAGAUAUUUGGAUACUCAAAAUAAUAUAUGUGAAGAUUUUUUGCAAUAUAUAAAAGUAGACAGUCUUACUGGCAUUUCACUUUCGUCAGCUAUUAUAAAUGGUUUAAUUAGUUGUGGAGUUCAAUGCGAUUUCUAA